UUUAACUUUUUGUUUAAAUGGAAAAACAAUUAUGAUCUCACAAUCAUUAUUUGAAGUGUAAGUUCUUGGUGUCAUCCAUCCCAUUAUCUGUUUAUUAGGAAAUAAUUCGUUUGUUACAAGAAAGGAAAUGGAUCGGAGUAUCACAUGAAUCAUAUAUAAUAUCAUUAUGUGGUUGUCCUCAUAUUAUUUCAUCUUCUUUUAAGGCACAUGUCUGUGAGGACUAGAAUAUCAUAUAUAACCAACUAUCCUAGCAUUGAGACUCUAUCUUACAUCAAGCAUACCGUUGUUAUAUUAGUCUAAACAUGCAUUAGUUUGUUGCACAGGUUGAAGUUUUGGUACAAACUAACACGUUUAAAUUUUUUUUUUUUGGUAUCUAUGAAGCAAUUGGAGGGGCCGCAACAGGAGGAGGUGGAGGAGAACGAUGAGGCGCAGCCAGAAGAAGCAGCAAUGUUAGAUUCACCGUUAGAAAAUAUCAUGCCCAUUCUGAUGGUUCUCAUUGACGACGAGGAGGAAACUCAGCUGGGGCUGCAGCAGGACAAUGAGAAUGAAGAGGCUCAUCAACAAGAAGCAGAAAUGAUGGAGGAGCCUUUAGAAGAUUUCAUUCCCAUUGCGAUUGUACCACCAUCUGAGGCUGUGCUAGCAGUUGAGCAGACAGAGGAAGUGGUCCCCAUGCUCGUUGACCCGCCUUCUCCCAGAGCGGCGUCGCCAGAUCUGGCAUCUGCAGGAAGUAAGCGCACAAGGCGCCCCUCCUACGGAUGGAUCUCUGACUCCGAGAGUGACUCAGAUUAUGAGGAAUAUCUCGCACAUUGACGACAACAGGUGCACGUCCCUGCCAAGUAGACGGGAUAGAGGGGGUUGAUACAAUGCGAAAGCAGGAGAACCGGUCUAAUCUGUAGAAUUUACAAUGGCCCAUGAAUGAGCUCUGGAGCAGACACUUUGAAUGAUAGGCGCUGCUCCCAUGGGGUAUGUAAGAACAACAUAUAUGGGUGCUUCUGAUUGUAAUUAGGCCGGAAGACUAAUGUGUUUGUAACUUUGUAUGUGUGGCUUCGUCAUCAAUGUUUGUUUGUAUAAAUUGUGACUUUCUUAGAUUGGCCUGGCUGAAUUUGUGUGAAUCAAUGUGGUUUGUUGUUUCUCUGGACUUGAAAAAGCUAUAGCUAUUAUUCUCUAAGAGAUAAUAUGGUUCAA